GGGUUCGAAGCCUUGCAGUUUGUGUACCAUGACUCUGUCACGAGGCGCCAAGUGGGAAGCUACUAACCGCCAAGAGACAGAGGGAAGUCGCAACCUGAGGAGAUCUUCGAGUCACAUGGAGAAGAGCCAAGUGGCUCAAGUGACUCGAGCGACUCCAGGAUCUCAGGGCCAUCAGUUGGAACCCAAGAUGUCCAUGGACAGCAUCGCACCCACCUUGGUGGUGAAAACUCCAGAAGUCUCUGAACAUUCCGAUGCCACCCCACCUGCCAAGCACCGAAAUGCCAAGGGAAGAGUCCUCCGAGCUGCUUCGAGUUUGGCUCCUGACAAGGGGUCGUUGGAUGAAGAGUCGCACGACAACCAGUCCCAGAUCAGCAGACCUCCAAAAGGCGCACCAUCGCCACACCACCCCGCAGAUGGGAUUGGCCUAGCAGGAAAGCGCAAGAGAGUCUUGAGGGCAGCAUCCGACUUGGCGCCGGGCAGUUGUGUUGAUACGGAAUCGCUCAGGAGUCCAAUUGCUUCAUUUGAUGGUGGUAGCCAACAAGGAGAUAUUUGCAUGAAGGAACCUCCAGUAGUACAUGCCAUUGAGAACCAGAAGUCUCGAGACGACAUUGCUGCAGACAUGAGCCCUACCAUUCCGGGUUUCCCGACUCCCCCUACUAGCCAACCAGAUCGCAAAAUGACAGUUCAACUGCAGAGCCAACAGGUGGAUCAUUCACAAGCAGCUGCAGCAGUGGAAGGCCAAGAGGUGAUGCUGGGUGUGUUUGAUGCUCAGAAAGUGGCAAGCGUCCGCACAGCAGUGGAUGCAGAUGGGCCAGCAGGAAAGAGCAAGAGAGUCUUGAGGGCAGCAUCCGACUUGGCGCCGGGCAGUUGUGUUGAUACGGAAUCGCUCAGGAGUCCAAUUGCUUCAUUUGAUGGUGGUAGCCAACAAGGAGAUAUUUGCAUGAAGGAACCUCCAGUAGUACAUGCCAUUGAGAACCAGAAGUCUCGAGACGACAUUGCUGCAGACAUGAGCCCUACCAUUCCGGGUUUCCCGACUCCCCCUACUAGCCAACCAGAUCGCAAAAUGACAGUUCAACUGCAGAGCCAACAGGUGGAUCAUUCACAAGCAGCUGCAGCAGUGGAAGGCCAAGAGGUGAUGCUGGGUGUGUUUGAUGCUCAGAAAGUGGCAAGCGUCCGCACAGCAGUGGAUGCAGAUGGGCCAGCAGGAAAGCGCAAGAGAGUCUUGAGGGCAGCAUCCGACUUGGCGCCGGGCAGUUGUGUUGAUACGGAAUCGCUCAGGAGUCCAAUUGCUUCAUUUGAUGGUGGUAGCCAACAAGGAGGUAUUUGCAUGAAGGAACCUCCAGUGGUACAUGCCAUUGAGAACCAGAAGUCUCGAGACGACAUUGCUGCAAAUAUGAGGCCAUCAGGUACUGCUGAUCCACCGGCCAUGGAGAGGCCAGCGUUUGAGCAAAAACUGCCAAAACCAUGUGUGGAUCAAGCAGAGACGCAAUGUUGGUUUGGGUCUGAAGACUGUCUUCCGCAGCAGACUCCUCAGCGGAGGUCCAAUAGCACAGCAGAGACGGAACUCGAGGCUUCGCAGGCUUCGCAGUCGCAGGACGCUGGUGCCUCGCAGCAAAGGGACACCCAAGAUGCAGUGGACGCACAGAUCGCCCAGGAGCAGCUGGUGCCAGCUGAACCUUCUGAACCUUCAGGUGAGCCUGCCAGUGAACCUGCUGGUGAAAGCUUAGUUGGCCAGGGAUUGGGUGGCCAGGCAGAUGCAAUUUCGCCUAUGCUUCACCCUCCUGUCCGGAAGUCACAUUUGAAGCAUCGCCUUGUUGGAAAGCAAACUGUCAGGAAUGAUUCCAGUCAAAGGCCGGCCUGUUGCCUCCGUUCUGGGUCAAACGUUUCACGGGCGCGCAUUGGGCAUACUCUGGACCCUCCCGAGCGCGGCUUCUUGGUGCGGGUGCAGGGAGAUGGUUGGGGUGGCAGCGGGGGGAGCUAUCUGGCGACUGUCACGGAAUCAGACGCUGAAACCUUCACUGUGAUCCGACGCGGUGAUUGCUAUGGUUCCUGGGAUGAAACCCACGUCUUGAAGACAUGCUGCUCAAUAGUGGCGCGUACCACGUCGAAGGAGCACGUCUUUUUGUCAGUCGACAAAGGCAGAGAGGGCAGAACUUCCAAGAGAUAAGGAUUGAAUCAGCAUCAACUGAAAACAGCUCCGCUGGAGCUGAGGUGGUGCCAAGAUUCAGCUAUUUUUUUUUCUCCCUCCAGUUUUGUACAUCUUUUGUACAGAAAGCGAUGUGACAUUUGGCAAUUUGCCAUCACUGCACCUGCGACAAAGCUCGGUGCAGAACGCUGUAAAGUUAAGAGUUGGUGGAAACAUGGGGGAACAUUGAA